AUGUCCAAGCUCAGCCUGUGCCUCAUGCUCGUCGUCCUGGCGAUCGCCGCCACCCAGGCGGACGACGACCGACGCCCCUGUCUCGGCCGUUGCACCGGACUCUCCUCCGGGAAGAGCGUGUGCAUCCGCAACAAGUCGAGCAACUUGUGCACCCGCCUGCCCGCCUGCCGCCUCAGGGAAAAGAACUGCCGCCGCCGGGACAGUGGGCUGGAGCCCAUCCGGGAGACCUGCAUCACCCGCUGCCGGAACAUCCCCGGCUCUAGCGGCGUGGGCCAGUGCGCCUCCAAGCUGCGUCCGCGGCCCCAGAGCCAGGGAAAGCGCUCCUCCUGCCAGAGGAGGGUCUGCGUGGACGACAAGCAGGCAGGCUGCUGGAGGGACCAGCAGGGCGCCUGCAUCCUGCAGACCCGCUGCGAGGCCCAGCGGAGGAACUGCGUCCGCGACCAGCUCAACCAGUGGGUGCGGGCCAGCCAGUGGAGCUGCAAGGGCAAUGUGGUGGGAGGCGGCGUUCGCCGCUGCCGUAAGAGGCCCAUCAUCGUCAAGGAUUGAGGUUCCCCUGAGGAGGAACCCAUCUGCGGACCCCCAACUAAAUCCCGGCAUCGACCCCCUUCUUAGGCUUACUAUUUUUUUUACCCCCUUCUUUCUUGUCCGUGGUGGACCCACACAAAUAUAGAUAUUUCCGUAAAACCUUA